GUCAGGCGCGGCGCGGCACUCCCAACAUGGCGGCGGCCGGGACGUCGGUGUCGGCGGCGCGCAGCCCGGGAGCCCCGGCGGGGUCGGAGGCCCGAGUCCGGCGCCCGCCCCCGGCGCGGCCCUCGCGGCUGCCCCCGCUGCUCGUGCUGCUGGCGGCGGCGGCGGGGCCAGGCGCGGGUGGCGCGGCGCGGCUGUACCGCGCGGGCGAGGACGCCGUGUGGGUGCUGGACAGCGGCAGCGUGCGCGGGGCCACGGCCAACAGCUCCGCCGCGUGGCUCGUGCAGUUCUACUCCUCGUGGUGCGGCCACUGCAUCGGCUACGCGCCCACCUGGCGGGCCCUGGCCGGGGACGUGCGAGACUGGGCCGCUGCCAUCCGAGUCGCCGCCCUGGACUGUGCGGAAGAGAAGAACCACGAGGUGUGCCGCGCCUACGAGAUCCACUUCUACCCCACCUUCCGGUAUUUUAAAGCAUUUGCAAAGGACUUUACAACUGGAGAAGAUUUUAAAGGGCCGGACAGAGAGCCGCAGACGGUGCGGCACACGAUGAUCGACUUCCUGCAGAGCCACACGGACGAAGGCAGGCCUCCCGGGUGCCCGUCUUUGAACCCCAUUCGGCCCGGGGACGUUCUUUCUCUCAUUGACAACAGCGGCGGCCGUUACGUGGCUGUCUUAUUUGAAAGCAACAGCUCCUACGUUGGACGUGAGGUGAUCUUAGACUUGAUUCCCUACGAGAACAUCGAGGUGAAGAGAGCGCUGGGCUGGGAUAAAGCCUUUCUGCAGAAGCUCGGUGUUUCUUCUGUCCCCUCGUGUUACUUGAUUUACCCAAACGGGUCCCACGGAUUAGUUACCGUCGGGAAGCCUCUCCGAUCGUUUUUCUCCUCUUACUUGAAGUCAUUGCCGGAUGUGAGGAAGAAAUCGCUUUCAUUGCCUGAAAAACCCAGCAAAGAAGACACCUCUGAAGCCGUGGUGUGGAGGAAAUUUGACAGGUCGAAGCUGUACGCGGCUGACCUGGAAUCGGGGCUGCACCACCUCCUGAGGGUGGAGCUGGCAGCCCGCAGGUCCCUGGCCGGGGCCGAGCUGAAGACACUCAAGGACUUCGUCACCGUCCUGGCCAAGCUGUUCCCCGGGCGGCCACCGGUCAGGAAGCUGCUGGAGACGCUGCAGGAGUGGCUGGCCAGCCUGCCCCUGGACAGGAUCCCCUACGACGCCGUCCUCGACCUGGUCAACAACAAGAUGCGGAUUUCUGGAAUAUUCCUUACUAAUCACAUAAAGUGGGUUGGAUGUCAAGGAAGCCGACCAGAGCUGAGGGGCUACACGUGUUCUCUGUGGAAAUUGUUCCACACUUUGACUGUUCGAGCUGGGACCCAUCCAAAAGCGCUGGACGGCACAGGGUUUGAAGACGACCCCCAGGCAGUGCUGCAGGCCAUCAGGAGGUACGUUCACGUCUUCUUCGGGUGUAAGGAAUGCGGUGAGCAUUUUGAGGAAAUGGCUAAAGAAUCGAUGGAUUCCGUGAAAACCCCGGACCAGGCAAUCCUCUGGCUUUGGAAGAAGCAUAACGUGGUCAACAGCCGCUUGGCAGGCCACCCGAGUGAGGACCCAAAGUUCCCAAAGUUUCCGUGGCCCACUCCGGACCUCUGCCCGGCCUGCCAUGAGGAGAUCAAGGGCCUGACCAGCUGGAACGAAGGACAGGUGCUCCUGUUCUUGAAGCGGCACUACAGCAGCGACAACCUCGAGGACAAGUACUCCUCGGACUUGGGAGACGCUGGUGAAGGCGCCCCGGCCACGGGCGCGGAGCGGGCGGGGGGCCACGCUUCCCCAGGGCAGCCGCCGGCAGACCAAGGUGCCGAGAGUCUCCGUCCUCCCGGCGUGCUGCCCCCCAGGCCUCGCCUGUCAGAGAGGUCGCACCAGGCGCUGGACGUGAAGCUCGGGAGUCUGAGCGGGGCCGAGGGCCGCCAGGGGGCGGGGGCGGGGGCGGCCUUCCUGGGGACGGGCUUCUCCAGCCUGGACAUGAGCCUGUGUGUCGUGCUCUACGUGGCCUCGUCCUUGUUCCUCAUGUUAAUGUACUUCUUCUUCCGGGUGCGGUCCAAGCGGUGGAAGGUCAAGCACCACCACCCGUCCGUGUAGGACGCGGCAAGGCCGCGGAACCGCCUUCAGAAAGCCUGCAGCUUUAAUCUUCAGAUCAGGGAUUCGGUCAACACUCGGACCUGGUGUCGCCUCCAUGGCGCCCUCUGCUCCCCCACGUGCUCUCCCUGCAGGGGCCGCACCCGGCACGUGGCGAGACUGUUUGCACUCCUGGGGCCCUCAGGUGGCGCCUUGCACAGAUCCUGGAGCGGAAAGCCUUGUCUGCUCUUACUCUUCCGGGUCUGAAAAAGAAGUGGGGAGGCCAGGCCCCACGAACAGAGCUUUGCCGCCCGCUUUCAGCUCGAGUUGCUAGACUGCAAGGCCUCGCUCUGGGAUCUGGAGAAAACGCACUCUCUCCCUCCCCCGCUGGGGCCUCCGGACGCCUCCCCUUCCCGCUGCUCCUCGAAGCCAGUGAUCUCAGUGGUUCACUCGCCGCUUGAUAGUUUCUGCUUGAGGCAAGAGAGCAUCUCCGGGCGCCAAGGCAGCUCCGGACCGGGGAAGGGAAGCCCCUUAGUCAGUCGUCCCGGGCUCUGCAGACGUGGAGAUGAGAGUGUGGAGGGGAAGGGGCGCCGGUGGGUUUGCGGGGCAGGGUGGUGCCCCUCUAGUCUCCAGGGGCAUCGUCUGUGCUUGUUAAUCUGGUGACCAGAGGCCGUAAGCGAAUCCCAGUCUGCGUCCACCGUGGGAGGGGAGGGCCUUUGGGGAGGGGGCUGCUCCUCAGGAUCUCUGAAGAGAUCCUGUGUCGUCAUCCUCCAGCACCUGCCAGUCCCCGUGAGAACCUAGGGCUCGGUGUGAGGGAGCCGGUGGCGCCCGGGGCAGACUGUGGUCUGGGCCAAGCUUCAUUUGCCUGGGGCUGUUUCACCAUGGGUCCUGGUGCAGGGCCCCAGUGCCCCAGGCUUCGAUGAUUAAUUUUCUAACAUUGAAUGGUUUUAACACAUUAUUUGUAAAACGCAAAACAUUUGGAAGUAAAUUUGCCUCUGAAAAUGUAAACAAAGAAACAGAACAAACUAUGGCAGGGAACGUUUCCUUUGAGAUCCUUUGUGGCUUUGUUGGUUUGUCUCACAGGCUCAGAUGUACCCAUGUGCGCGCGCGUGCGCGUGUGUAUGUGUCUGUGUGUGUGACUAUGAUGGUUGUAACAGUGUUUCCUACUUUGCCUGUUCCAGUUGUGUGUUUACUAAGUACCGUUGACCAUGUGACCAUGUAACGCGGAUGUGACCGUUGCAGCUUAGGGAGAAUAGGGGGCUGAUUCCUUGGACAACUCGCAGGAGCUUCGUGGUCACCUUCAGUGGGAGGCGUGGUCACCUUCAGUGGGAGGCGUGGUCUGGAGGCCUCCGGGCAGGAACCUGCUCCUGAACCGCCGCUUCCUCUGCACUUCUCUGCUGUGAGAGGUUUCUUCUUGUUUGACACUUUUUUAACCCCUGGGAGCCUUUGUGUUUUAAAAGCCAGGAGCUUGUCCUCGUGGCUAAGUUGUGUGCCUGGGUUACUGAAGACACCUGUUGUUUCUUUGCAACUUGAAAACCGGGCAGAUUUACAGAGAACCGAAAGGGAAAUACUUGGAACCGUUAAUUAAACUGCCUUUUGGUUUGUAUUGAAUGUCUUUUUCUCCCCUAAAGGCAGUUUCUUUCGACAGUGGGAACUGGGUGGUUUUGCAAGUGUCCCGUCUUAUGUACUUUACAGAACCUAGCUGAAGGGCGCCGCUGGCUUCCGCGUUUGUAAUAAUACUGCAGCUUGAGGGGCAGUAGGUCAGGGAGAGGACAUGCCAAGGUGGCCCACGGGCGCUGUGUCCCGUCGCUGAUCAGAACUGGACGCUCCCUCUAGGCAAGGGUUAAGUUCUGUUUUCUAAAGUUGUAAGUAUUGAGACUAAUGAAUAUAAUAGUUCGGUAAUUUAAAUGUAUAUUUAUUUUUAAUGGAAGGAUUUUGAUUAAAAAGAAGCUAAUGGACAUGGAAAUGUCGGUGAAAUUUCUUACCUGCAAGGAAAAUGAACAUUUUGUAUUUAAGUAAACUAUAACGUGCACAUUUUAAGAAUAAAGAAAUCCGAUGUUUGGAAAAA